AUGGCUAUUCACUCAAGGCCAGGAGUUGUUCCUGUUGAAUUGGUUGACUUCGACUAUCUUCUCAACAAAAAUUCAUUGGAGAAAGGGGACGUCCUCGAGAAUAUUCUCAACUUUAACAACGAUCUCCGUGUGAGCGCUCUGGCAGACGGAAAUGUCUCUGAAGUCAAAGCCGGCGAUAUCUUGCAGUCUGACCGUAAGGGCUUCUAUCGUGUGGAUCGCGCCCCGUGUCCUGGUGUUCCUGGUGUUUUCUUCAACAUUCCAACCGGAAAGCAGAAGUAG